GGCCACGCGGAGGCAAGAUGGCGGCGGCGGCGGCGGCUGCAGCGGGAGGAGAGAGCCCGGGAACCGGAGCAACCUCAACCGGCAGCGGGGGAGGGGCGAGUGACCCUGCAGUGGCUGACUUGGUGGUCACAAUGGAGACGGAGUCCUCUGCUGGGAAAGACAUUGAGGCUGCUGGUGAAAGCACGGAGACCACUGAUGUCCAGCAACCGGGGGCUCUGGAGGAAGAAACUGUACGGCACCUUGGUGGAGUGGAGCUGCAGUGUGGCAUCUGCAUCAAGUGGUUCUCAGCAGAGACCUUUGGGCUCGAUACUACCUCAUGCCUUCCAUUUAUGACCAACUACAUCUUCCACUGCAACAUUUGUCACCACAGUGGGAACACGUACUUCCUCCGAAAACAAGCCAAUUUAAAGGAAAUGUGUCUGACCGGCCUUGCGAAUCUAACCUGGCGUUCUCGGACUCAGGAUGAACAUCCCAAAACCAUGUUCUCGAAGGAUAAGGAUAUUAUACCUUUCAUUGACAAAUAUUGGGAAUGUUUAACAACUCGACAGCGACCUAGCAAGAUCACUUGGCCAAACAACAUUGUGAAGACUAUGACCAAAGAGCGGGAUGUGUUUCUGGUCAAGGAGAAUCCCGAUCCAGGCAGCAAGGAUCCUCAGGAAGACUACCCCAAGUUUGGCUUGCUCGACCAGGAUCUUUCUAAUAUCGGUCCAGCGUACGACACCCAGAAGCAAGGUGGAUCCUUGACCCCAGGAAGCAAUCUUAAUGGUGGACCAACACUUGCAGGGUGUCUCAGUGGUGCGACAUGCAAUGACGGGACUGGGGGUCGGGCCCGUGAAGCUACACAAGGUGGCACUGUCGGAGGUAGCGGGAAAGGAAGAGGAGCAAAGCGUAAGCAGGAUGGGACCUCAGGAGGGACUGCCAAGCGAACCCGAAGUGACCCGUUGUUUGCUGCUCAGCGGCUGCCCCCACAUGGCUAUCCUCUGGAGCAUCCGUUCAACAAAGAUGGUUAUCGGUAUAUCCUGGCUGAGCCUGAUCCACACGCUCCAGACCCUGAGAAGUUGGAGCUCGACUGCUGGGCUGGGAAACCUAUCCCUGGAGACCUGUACAGGGCUUGCCUGUAUGAGAAGGUUCUUCUGGCACUGCACGAUCGAGCUCCUCAGCUCAAGAUCUCGGACGAUCGACUGACGGUGACGGGAGAGAAGGGUUACUCCAUGGUGCGAGCCUCUCACGGCAUCCGGAAAGGGGGCUGGUACUUUGAGAUCACGGUGGACGAGAUGCCUGCAGAGACGGCGGCGAGACUUGGCUGGUCCCAGCCAUUAGGCAAUCUCCAGGCACCCUUGGGCUACGAUAAGUUCAGUUACUCAUGGCGGAGCAAGAAAGGGACCAAGUUCCAUCAGUCAAUAGGCAAGCACUACGCCAAAGGCUACGGGCAAGGAGAUGUCCUCGGGUUUUACCUGUACCUUCCUGAGGACACAGAGGCAGCCCGGGCACUGCCAGACACCUACAAAGAUAAGGCAUUGAUUAAGUUCAAGAGUUACCUAUACUUUGAAGAGAAGGACUUUGUGGACAAGGCUGAGAAGAGCCUGAAACCAGCAACAGGCAGUAAGAUGGUAUUUUUUAAGAAUGGAGAUAAUGAGGGAACUGCCUAUGAAGAUGUGUAUGCUGGGGUGUACCAUCCUGCAAUUUCUUUGUACAAGAACUGCACUGUGUCGAUCAAUUUUGGGCCAAACUUCAAGUAUCCUCCGAAAGACAUUCCGUUCAAACCGAUAAGUGACAUGGGCUGGUACGCUGUGGUGGAGCACACACUGGCAGAUAUUCUUUACCAUGCUGAAGGAGAGGUGGAUGGGCGGAGAAGCCCACCCUGGGAGCCCUAACUCCCUGCGAACAGAGAGAUUCCCCCCCAUCCCCUGGCACUCCAGGGGCUGCUGAAGGAACUGUGUGCAGCGAAGUUAAACACCAGUGAUACUUGAACCAUGAGCAGUCAUGAUAGGCUUGGACAAUCUUGGAGUCACGUCAGACUCAUUCCAUUGUACUUGGGUUUGGGUGAGUCGUUCUCAAUCCUGUCACAAACCAACUCCAUACACAGCUCAGUCAGAUAGUGCCCAGUGCCAGGCGUUACAUGGGCUCUAGCCCCACCAACCACGUGAUUGCCAUUUGGUGCUGAUACACUUGUGAAGCCGAAUCGCUCCUGCAUUUCUCAGCAUCUUGACUCGAUGGCCAUGGCGAUUUUUUUGAACAGAGAAGCUGUUGGUAAUCAGAACGCCAUGUUCACCAACUGCUGGGUAGCAGGGCACAGGCAGCUCAGCUCAGUUCUGUAUCAGACCAAGCGAUGAUGUGAGGUGACGCACUGGCCUCCACAGUGGCAGGUUCACAAUCAUAGGAAAAUGGCCUGGCAAACACCCAUCACACAGAAACCGGGAGAUGGGCUGCCCAGAGCCUUGUAUUUUCACGUCUUUAUCCUCUAAUAAAAGCUGGAAAUAA